CUACUGUACACAGUCAACCUCUCCCUCUUACUGUCGGCACUCACUCCAGGCACUCCCCCCUGCCCUGACCCUCUCUCCUCAGUCGACUCUCAACCACGACAGGGCAAACAUCACGGCUCGCGUCUCUUCCCAACCAAACGGGACACCACCCAACCUCACCGGUAGAUGAGGUCCAGUGAUCCUCUCCCUCAACCCCGUGUGACCAAGGAACCAUCUGUGACCCAACAAAAGUAACUUGAAGAACUCUACCCCCUCCCCACACACACACUCGUCCUCACCAACUAUACCGACUCUAAGUUUACCAUAAAUAAAAAGACAAAAUUGAGUUGGGAACGAUAAGAGGAAGUGGAGGAUAAAGAAACAAGAUGGUGAGUGUGUGGCUGUGUUCACUAUCUGGAGUGUAACGUUCCUUGGCGGCAACUGUAAACAAUGCCUUACACAGUACUGUACUCACAAGUACACACUUCACCGUGACUGAGGAGAACACUGUGUUGUGUUGAACCUUUUACCCUCCUCACGUGUCUGCUUAACUCUACAUGAGGGAUAAAUAGUACUGUACUGGUAGACAAAUCCCUUAUAAGGACGAUAGUUGGUAUAUAAUUCCUCUUAAGGAAAGUGUGUGUUAAUGUUGUGUCAGUAAAGGAGGCGGAACAGCACCACGCACAAGGAAGUGAAGCGCGCUCAGGAGGACUUUAUCAGUGAUGAAGUGGCGGGGGAUGUCCGGGGUGGGCGUCCAGGAGCCGUUAAUAAGGGGCCCCUUACUGGCGCGAGGGCCCUGUAUCCUGCUGGUGAUGGUGAUGGUGCAGGCGGUGACGUGUGCCCACCCUCACCACCAACCACCACCACUCACAACCAGCACUACUAAGUUGCGCCCAGAGAGAGCCGCACUAACGCCUCCCACAGUAACAUCUCUACGACCUCCUGACAGGAGUAAAAAUGGACAUGAUGCUGUGGAAAUAACAGUACGGGGCAAACACGGUGAUAGUAACAGUCCCCCAGUCGUGGCCAGCCUCUCACCUUCCGGCAUUAACCACCCACAAGAUCCUCCCCGUCCCAACACCCAGCAGAUAACACCCGACCGUCCGCCCACAGCUCCCCUGGCAACUGCUGCUUCAGGCUCAAGGGCUGAAGCAAGGCCCACAUAUUCUCUCUUAGAUCAACAGCACAUAGUCCCUGGACCUGCUACCAACGAUGUCCCCGCCUCGAGGCUACACGGGAUACGGCCACUUCCAUCUACGUCAUCAUCCUGGGACAGUCACAGACCAAGAUACCCAACUCAUAAAAGACUUCCAACCAGCAGAAGGGUCUUUGAGCCAAUGGAGGAUGAUUAUGCACUAGUUCCCAUGAGCCCAGAGGAAGGAGGUGGUGGGCUGGCACACAAGGACAUAACAGCAGAGGAAGGAGGAUCAGGGGAGACACACAAUGCUGGAUGGGACACAAUGAAUCACAGUCCACGCAUCUCCCAAGGUCGCCCAGACACUUUCGGCCACGACAUAACAGAAGACCUCACGCACCUCCAAGAUGAGUAUUCACCACGCAACAGUCAAGGAGGAAUAACUGGCCAAACAUUUUCAACAUUCGACGAGACAGAUCACUCGGCCUCGUGGGCAACUGGGGGCGACGCUUCCCAUAUCUUAGAUCGUGAGUAUCCACAGGAGUCGGGCGUCAGAGCUAGAUUUGAUCGAUAUUAUCCUCGUCAACGUCAGUUUGGAUUUCCAGCUCGUGAGUACCAGCCUGGUCCUCGCAUUACACACGACAGCGUCCCAGAAGAGACCACAACAAGAGUCCAUGGCAGAGAGUCCACAUCUCGUCAGUUUCCAGGUCGUAUUCUUCCCCCUGCUCAUCAAAUAACACCUGAAUCUUAUCAUGAAGGCUAUGGCUCACUAGACUACCCAAAUAGUAAUGAAUUUCAACCUAGGGACCAAGGAAUCCACAACACACAAUCAUUCAGGACAAAUCACAAUGCUUUUAUCACGACCACAAGUUCACGCAGACCUCUCAGUAUCCAGGAAAUUGUGAAGUUAGCAAAUCUAUCAAAAAUAGAUGACUUGCUGUUGCUUUUAAAGAGGAAAGGCAUCCCUUUUCGAAAACUUCUUGAUUUCGUGGAGAACAGAGCAACCGAACAAGACAUAUUACUGUUCCUCGAUAAACCGGAUAUUUCUACCACACCUCCACCAGCCACCACACCCUGGCCAGAGUCAGAUGAGAAAUCUGUCUCUGAUCUCUCAUUUACUGAUGAGGUUUAUAAUGUCUCUGUCUUAGGAAAUAAAUCUUACCUGUUAACAAAGAGCAGUGAGACCUCCCUAAUACAGUCGACUAAAUUUAAUGAGUCGUCUCCUGAUAAUGGUGGUGGUCAUAACACUGUAAACUCUUUUGUGCCUUAUAACUCACACUCUCAACUGCCUGCAGGUCCCGAGGAGGAGCUGAACGACGAAGGGCUCAAACAAACUGAAAAUGACGAUGAAGAACGAAAACGAAAAAGAAAAAGAAAGAAAGAACAAAGAGACAGAAGAAGAAAAAACAGAGACAAGAAGAAGAGACAGAGAGGACGCAAGGGACAAGAAGAGGCUGACCCCAAUCUUGUGUACACUACAGCAAUACUGCCAGUGGACAGCAGCAAGAAUGAAAAUGGAACACAGUUUCCUAGCCCAACUCAAGUACCAAUAUGGAUAAACAAAUCAACAGUAGCUCUCACUUCAACAGAGACACCACGUGCACUGACUGUGAAGCCUCUACACCCUCUCUCAACUGUGUCUGCUUCACCACAACCUCCAUCCUCCAAGACCACGUUAAGGGCCGUACCGCCACCAACAACGCCAGAGGAGAAAUCGCUGUCUACAACGUCUCCUGAAGCCAAAGGGCGUGGAAGAGAUAGCCUGACUCUCCCACCCAUGGGCAAAACAACCAAGGCUUCCAUUGAAAACUUAACAGUUAUAGAAUUACCCCGAGAGACAGACGGUGAAACAGUGCCCAAGUACCACAAGCCAAUAAGGAGACCAGACCACCAAAAUCCUCAUCUAGAUGUACACAGACAACACAAGGAGAGACACAGGCCGCCAAAGGAAGUGUUUAAGGUUCCCAAGCACAUCUCAGGAUCAACUCCUAAACAAACUGAGAAUGAGUUUGAGGGGAGAACUAAUUUUGUGAGGGAACAACAGAAGGAUGAUUAUAUUUUCCCAAUUAAAGGUAUGUUAAUCAUCAGCGGCGUCAUGGGUGCUCUGGCAGUGUUUACUCUUGUGGUUCUCAUCUCAUAUGCAGUCAUCAAGUGCUCUAAAAAACCCGUUGUUAAUAAUUACCAAGUCUCUGAACAAAAGCCAGUCACCCAAUAAAAGUAAUAAGACUAAACUCAUCAAGUUCUCAUAGAGUAUAGGCUGGUCCUGCCUGGAGAAGCUCACCACUGGGACUAAAGCUUAAUAUACACACAACUCUCCACUAAUGUAAUGAACAACAAUGAAACAUCUUUACUUAAUUUCAGGCCAUAAGUUUCCAAACAAUUACGGCUGUACUGUACGUGUCUUGCCUGACACCACCGGAUCACUCAGGUCACAUAUGCUGGAACACCAACAGAUACCUUGUACGGUACUGUACAUCAACACACACACACUUAUCAUUACUAAACUGAUAGUACUGUAGUAUCCUGUAUUCUGAGUUUAUUUAAAUGAUAUACUGUACUGUACAGUAUCUUUGUUACCGGUAAUUAUAAACACUGCAUAAACCUUUAGUUAAUAAUAAUGUGUGAUAUGGAAACAUGCACAUUUACUCUCCUUAGAUACAAAUGAGUCAUUAUGUACAGUCGGGGUCAAAAGUUUUCCACCGUUCAAGAUAAAGCAGCAUCGACCCCAAAUGAGACACAACAUAAGUCAGUUCGGAGACCCAUUCACGUGACCCAAUUUUACGACGGAGAGCUAACUUUUGUCCCCGACUGUACUGGAAGACUUGCAUUCCUGCCACUCAACUCAAAAUAAAUGUUUCCAGUGUUGAGAACAAGACAGACUCUCAUAACACAUGUGUUGCCUCUAACUAAUAUUAUUUAUAAUAUAAUUUGAUGUUUUUAUUCAAAAUAAAUUAUUAUUGUAAGACUUGGCCGCACCAGACUGAGAAAAUAUAAUAAAGAUUUUGACACAGACAA